AUGAUCCGGAUCAGGCAUGCUGUUAUCUGCCUGGUUUUCGCGACCUUUGUUACUCUGGGCCUCUACUAUGGGUCGGUGAGUGGCUCCAUCACCGUCAAGUCUUUACAGUCCAAAGUCCCGCAGAUUGUUGGACUUGGAGACUAUUUUGACUCGGACAAUUCGGAUGUCCAGAACCAGAGUCAACCGGCUUCCACCCCUGGAGAUGGCUCCGGGGCCUCGAAUGCUACAAGCGGGUCGUUAGCGACCACGGCCCCUACAGGUGGUUCUUCGGGAUCGAGAUAUACACGAAGUCUGGUCAUGGCUCGACUGAAGGAGGAAAGCGUUACGUGGCUUGACGGCGUCGACCUCGGUGCCGACAUCAAAAAGUUCAUCUAUAUCGCUGACGAUCCCACUGCGCCCUUGCAUCCACCCAAGAACAAGGGUCAUGAAGUCAUGACUUAUCUCACCUACAUAAUCGAAUUUUAUGACCAACUACCCGAUGUCAGCAUCUUCAUGCAUGCCCACCAAGACGCAUGGCACAACAACGAACUGCUGAACUGGGACGCCGCCGAAAUGAUCAAACGGCUGAGUAGCGAGAGAGUCCAGCGUCAAGGCUACAUGAACAUGAGAUGCCAUUGGAAGCCCGGAUGCCCGGACUGGAUCCAUCCAGGUCAGAUACAGAGGGACAAGGACAAACUGGAACAAUCAUACAUGGCAUCAACCUGGGCAGAGUUGUUCGUAGACAAGCCUAUCCCUGCCGUCCUGGCUCAGCCGUGUUGCUCCCAGUUUGCGGUGAGUCGCAAUCAGAUAAGGUUGACACCGAGGGAGACAUACCGACACUACCGAGACUGGCUGCUGCGCUCAGAAAUAUCGGACGUCACCAGCGGUAGAAUCUUUGAGUAUAUCUGGCAGGUCAUCUUCGCGAAUGAGAGCGUGUUCUGCCCGAGCCAACGGGCAUGCUACUGUGAUGGAUACGGUGUCUGCUUCGAGACCGACAAGACAUUCGACAAGUGGUUCGAACUGAGGUACGAGAGGCAGAUGGCCGAGAAGGAGUUGCGUGAGUGGGAAGAAAAAGCCGAGGCGAUCGAAAAGUUCCGGGACAAGGAUGGCAGACUGCCUGGCAUCGAAGCCGGGGAGCUUCAGGUGCCAGAGAUUGGACGGAAAGAACAGCUCGAGGCCUCGAUUGAGGAGAAGAAGGCGGAGCUGGAACGGAGGAGAUUGGAAGCCUUGGAGAGAGGGAGGGACCCAAGGAUCAGAGCAGAGAGUGACGGACGGCCCUGGAAAGAGGGAGAUGGGUUCUAG